GAAGAAGCAGAGGAAACUCCACCAGGCGGGGGACCGUGCACUGAGCAACAUGAGACGGAGGGCCUACGAUUCCUUCCUCGUCACAUCGGGGGCCAAGGAGCACGACCUCCUCUCCAAAGACGAGCUCAACUUCCUCCAAGCUGCCGAGAUCGGCGACCUCCCCACCGUCAAGCAGAUGCUGGAGAACGACGACCUCGCGCCCAAGCUCCUCAGGUGCACGGAUUACAAGGAUAGAACAGCUCUGGAGGUUUCAACGGAAAGUGAACAUCUUGAGAUUGUGGAAUUCCUGGUCCAGAAAGGAGGCCGAAAGCUCGACAUCCAAGCCAUCCAAGAAUCUCUUAUGUUGGCCAUCAGUAAGGGGUACCUACGGAUCACACAAGCCUUGUUGAACCAUCCCGUCCACCAGCGAAGCAAGGAUAAGUUCAGACUAGGAAGUCUUACCAACUACUACCAAAGGAAGAAUCAUAGCAAGUUUGAGCAGGACGUCACUCCUCUGAUGCUGGCGGCCCACUGCAACGAAAUCGACAUCAUCAGGUUGCUUCUCAACCGCGGCGACACCAUCAAGAAGCCACACAACUCCCUCUGUCAAUGCACCUACUGCAGCAACAAGAAACAGUUCGACCCGCUGAAGCACUCCCUGGCUGGGUUCAACACCUACCGUGCCCUGGCCAGUCCGGCGUUCAUAGCACUCACCAGCCCGGAUCCCAUCCUCACCGCCUUCCUGUUGAGUCAAGAACUCGCAUCCAACGCCCGGAUUGAGAAAGAAUUCAAGAAUGAAUAUCGAGACCUUGCCCGACAAUGCAAGGAGUUUGCCUCGGAUCUUCUCGACAUGUGUCAAAAUUCGGAGGAGGUACGGACUAUCCUGAACAACGAGGCAACAACCCUGGACGAGUCCGAACAUGGAAGGGGAAGCAACUGGUUGAAAUCCGAGGUCGGGGAUGAGGCAAAUUCUUCACGAACUCCAACCCUAUCGCGGCUAAAACUGGCGAUAAAACUCCGACAGAAACAGUUCGUAGCGCAUUCUCACUGUCAGCACGAGCUAGCUACACUGUGGUAUCGUAAUUUUCCUAGCUGGCGAUUGAUGAGCUUGCCCAAGAAGGUUUUUGUCAAUGUCCUGAUUGUUCUCGGACUACCGUUCUUUACCCUGUGUUACUAUCUGGCCCCAUAUAGCAAGCUUGGCCAGUUCGUAAGCAGUCCGCUUGUCAAGUUCAUCCUUUAUUCCGCCUCCUAUUUCGUCUUCCUCCUCGUCAUCUUCAUCGAAUCCCUCUACGCCCAAAACUACACCAACUGGUACCAUGACCAAAAAGAAAAGAGACUAACAUCCCUCUUGCGAGAGCGACUCAACACCACCACCAAUACGUGUCUCUCAAUCUUCUCCGGUUUGGAAAAAGAGGAUUACAUUAUUCAUCUUCGUUUCUUCGAGCUCACGCCCCUAGAAAUUGUUAUACUGAUAUUCCUCAUGGGGUUUCUAUGGGGUGAGAUCAAGCAGCUAUGGGCUGAGGGUCUUCUUGCUUACUUGGCAUCGAUAUGGAACUGGAUCGAUAUCGCCAUGUUGAAUCUCUACCUGGCGUCAUGCACACUCAAUAUACUUAGUGUGACCAAGGCCCGACUGGCGAUUGAUUUCUUCAUGACCAAUGUCAACGCGCCAUGUUUGUAUAAGCACGGUGACGACUCGGUAGCACAAGCGCAUUUCUAUUUCUUGCAACGAGAACGUUCAAUGUGGCACAACGAUGAUCCCGUCUUUGUCUCCGAAGCCCUGUACGCCCUGGCCAACGUGCUCAGUUUCUCACGCCUCUCCUACAUCCUACCGGUCAGCGAGUUCCUCGGUCCACUCCAAAUCUCCUUGGGUCGGAUGCUGGGCGACAUCCUCCGCUUCGCCGUCGUCUUCAUCGUCGUCUUCCUAGCGUUUUUCUGCUCCAUGUUCAAUCUGUAUUACUCCUACGAAGAUUCAAAGUUCGGCAAUUUUGGUCAGGCGUUCCUGACCCUGUUCUGGGCACUGUUUGGCCUGGGUAACCCUGCAGACCCCAGGCUCCACCACAACAGCACCAGCAACGCCACGGGGUCGAUGACGGCGGGCGGUAAGGGCGGGUACCUGAUCACCGAGUCGUUUGGGACCAUGCUCUACAUGAUCUACUACGUAGUUAUGGGUCUCGUCAUGCUGAACAUGCUGAUCGCCAUGAUGAGCAAUUCCUUUCAAGAGAUCAAUAGUGAACAAGACGUAGAAUGGAAAUUCGCUCGGGCUCAGCUCUGGAUGUCUUACUUUGAGAAGGGCGCCACCAUCCCUGUUCCUUUCAACAUUAUCCCAUCACCUAAAUCAUUCUAUCAUCUUUACAAGUGGGUGGUAAAACAGUUGGUGAGGUGGAGACGAGGCCCUCCAUCCAUGGACAGUAACCAAGUACCAUUAGGAGAACGGAGAAAUGGUGUUUUCAAUAUCUUGAAUAAACUAGAACUACGGCGUGAUGAAAGCACACACGAGAGUAUUACUAAAGGCAUAAUCAAAAGAUAUCUCUUCAAAUUACAGAGGGAUAAAGAAAAUGAUGAAGUGAAUGAAGGAGAACUGGAUGAAAUCAAGAAUGACAUAUCAAGUCUUCGAUUUGAGCUCAUGGAGCAGCUAAAAGCCCCAAAGACACCCAGUGCACCCCUAGCUCCAUCCAGUGCUCCAGCGUUUACCUUCUCGUUUCCGAGUGCGACGACUGGUUCAUCGUCUACAAAGGGUACAGAUAUUAGCCAUGAGCUGAAUGCUCUCAAGGCAAAGGUGACAGAGCUGACUAAACACAUAGAGACCCUUACCAAUGCCACAUUAUCACAGCAAGUAGUUUCUUACCACAAUAGUCACAGAGGUAGUUAUGAUAGGAUGGGCCAUACAGAUCUUGGUACGCGUUGUGGCAGCGCAAAUAGCUUGAGGACAUUGGAUAGCGAUUGCAGUAGGUUGGAGUACGACCUCCAAGGCAGACGGAACUCGUCUCCAAGAGUGCUAGAUAUUGGGGACAUCCCGUUGAGCUAUGAUGGCAGUGAGCGUCAGCAGGAAGUGAUUGUCAGACGUCGGAAUCGAUCAGGACGGAGAACAAGUGCCGAUAGUGGUGACACAAGGCGCGAAUCGUUGCAAAGGGCGUACGAUGUGACCGACAUUGUUGGGUAUGGAGAUCAUGACAAGCAACAUAACAAUAAUAACCCAAGACAAGGUUAUGGUGGCAGAGGGGUAGGUCACACAAGCGACAACAGACGACAAUCAAAACCAGCACAGAGUGGCAGGAGUGGGAUGUCACAUGAACCUGAUAAAAGAAGCAUAUCCAGGACACUCAGCCGUGGUAGCAUCCAUGUAGGUUUCGACCUUGAGACACGCCAUGACCCCAUCUUGCGCGUUGUUGAUGAAGACGCGACAAGGAUGGACUUUGAACCCGACACGUCUUCAUCGCGCAAUGUGAUCCACACAGCACCCGACAUGUCAGGGGGCAGCCAAUCAAGGGACUUUGAGAGCAGCAAAGAGGUUGGUGUAUCUUAUGACUUUGAUGAACACCGUGCUGAUGGAGGAUUGAGGAGUGGUGUGAGGAAUGGAAACACAAGGGCGCGUUACACACAAGAACAAGACACCCUCGGUGUGCCAACAGGACACUAUAACAUUGCAUUCUCUUUAGAUGCCUGAUGCAAGAAUUCUACUUAGCUAACAUUGAAUUUUAAGCCCUGUAUCCAUUUCACGGAACUGCUCAUUUCGUAGUUAUCUGGCUUGUAGUGUGGUGACAUAUAUGCUUUUCACACUGCAUUUCCUUAACCCCAUACUAUCCUUACCCCGGACCAUCCUUAACCCCAUACUAUCUUUUUUCGAUUCACACUGUCUUUCUUAUCCCCAUACUAUUUGCUUAGCCGGGGUUAACGCCUUAACCCCGGGCAAUCACACAGCUCAUAAAUAUUGAUGAUUUUACCAUACAGAGCGCGAUUAACGUGCAAUUUCCACUUCUGUGAUUGGCUAAUGCUUAGCCCCACUUUUGCUUAGCCCUGUUUCGUUUCACACUGCAUCUCUUAGCACCGCAAUUGUGGUGCUAGCACCACAAUAAGCCGGCUAACCCUGCUUUUUUGCAGGGCCAGAUAGUACCGUACUAUUUACCGUGCUAGCCCACUUUGCUAAAACGUAGUGUGAAAACGAAGUGGGCUAAGCUUAACCCCGGGAAAUUGGUGGGGCUAUGACCCCCCCUUAGCCCCACCAAUUUAGGACAAAAAGUGCAGUGUGAAAAGCAUAUUAGUGGUUCAUUCGCACAACUCGUAAAUCAAGGGUUGAAGAAGCUAGUCUAUCAAAGCUGGGGUUCUUAUUUCAUCGACCAACUCCGCAACACUUCAGAUACAUGGCAAUAUUGAUAAAGCAAACUGCCUCGGUCUGCAGGAAUGACAAAUUUUAGUCUGUCAAUUUUUGUACUCCAGAUGAUUUUAUUUUAAUUACAGGCUGAAAAUGAAAUGGAAUUUGUAAACAAUAUUGUUUAUUUUUCAAAGGGCAAGGAAAUGGAAGUGACAUUCUUAAGGUAGUAUAACGUACUGCACAAUUUACCUUGUAAGCUAGAACGUUAUAAGGUGGGCAUCAGAAUUUUCAAGCUUGUGUAUAGUCCGAAAAGAGAAUCAUGAUUAUACGGCUCACCUUGAUUUAUAAGAUAAAAAUAACAUUAUUUUGGAAUACAUAUUUAUAACCAAAGAUUAUAAUUAUACUAUAGUAAUCCAGGAAUUAAAUAUUCAAUAGCCUGCCUAUAGCCAACACAAAACAAUGGGCUAUGCAUGCAGAACAUAUAGGCACAGUGACUCUGUGAUCACUUGUCUUCAAAGUUGUAUCUUAUAAGCGGAUCUUGCAAUGGUAUACAAAAAAAAGUUUUUUUAUUCUUGAAAAUGAUUUUUCAGAAAUCAUAUUCACUGGAAUCAGUAAGAAAAACUUUUGUAAUAAGCGGCUUGGUUUUUAACAAUUCAAGAUCGCAUCUCUGGCAUUGACAGCAUGAUGUUUCUUUUAGAUGAGCCAUUAAUAUUUUUCAUUUGUAUAAGACGUCAUAUUAAUUAUGCAAACAAGGUUACAUCAAUAUCUUUGGUGGGAGAAUCACAAAACGCAUAUUAAAGGAGAAUGAAACCCUUGAAACCAGCUGAAUCCAUAUCAAAGAGAAAAAUCUAAGAUACAUAUUGUUGAAAGUUUGAGGAAGAUUGAAUGAAUAAUAAGAAAGUUAUGAGCAUUUGAAUAUUGAGGUCACUAAUGCCAUGUAGAUCCUCCCAUUGGCAAUGCGACCAAGAUCUGUGAUGUCACACACGUACAACUCCCUAAUUACUUUAGUACUUAUUUCACUUAUAUUCUCACUUUUAUAGUCUAUCACAAGGUGAGGUGUUCUCUUUAUGAGAGGACAAGGACAGAGGUUUCACAACAUUAUAUCAUUGAUGAAUCGUUUGUCAUAUGAUUAGAAUGAGCAAAAAGAGAUGUUUGGGGUAUAUUUUCAGUGUCCAAAAGGGGAGAGUUGUUCAUCUGUGACAUCAUAGAUCUUGGUUGCAUUGCUAAUGGGUGGAUCUCCAUAGCAUUAGUGAUAUCGACAUUCAAAUGCUCAUAACUCUUCUAUUGCUAGUCCUAUUUUACUCAAAACUUUGUUGAUCUUAUUCUUUGAUUUUUCUGCUUUCACAAAAGCUAACUUGCUCCAAGAGUUUCAUUCUCCUUUAAUGGCUCAUUGUCCAUUCUACACCUAUAAAAGAUUUGGGACAAUAUGGUCUAAUACUGGGCACCUUUCAUACUGUACAAUAUUGGUUAAAGUCUGGCCAACUUGAGUUGGAUUAAAAUACUUACAGUUAUUGGUUUAAAAAUUGCCAAUUUACAUCAAUUUCAACUCGAGUUGGAUUAAAUUACCCUGCAGGUCAGAGCAUUUAAUUUUUUGUGGGCAAUCAUUUACCAAAAGUUAAUUAGAGUGAAUGGACUUUCUCUGGAAAAAAAACAUUUGUUGAAACAUCUAGAUAUAGUAGGGGCUAUGUGCACUUUGAAAUAAGAAACAAAUCAUUGAUUUGUGGAAUUGGGGUAUUUCACCAUAUCAAAAUGAAUAUGUGCAAUAUUAUGUUAGUAAUAUAAUCCCUCGAUCAAUUCAUCAAUGACAGAAGUGAUAUCAUUCUUUGACAAUUUCAUAAAAAUAGCACAAAGCUUUAGCAAUGUGAUCAAACAUACUUACUAAUCCAUGUGUAUACAAUGGGUUAUAUAAAUCGAAAUACAUAGAGAUAAUUUAUUUUUUCCCUUUCAAUUGCACAUUGAAUUAUUACAUUUGAUAGUUUGUUUUUUCUGCAUGAAAUAAAUAUAUGUAUGUUCACAGCUGACCAAAUUAGACAAGAAUAAUAUAUAACAUUCUGGAGUAUUUUUUAUCAGAGCCUGACUGAACCUAAAGAUUGUUCAUGGCGGGUGUUAUUAAAAGCCAUCUGUGAAGGGGCUUUCACAAUUGCUCAUGCGAUGGGUUGCGAUCAUUUGGUCACAAUAUAUGUUGCACAGAAUCACAACGGUUGUAAGCAGUCGCACCACCAAUUGUGAAAGGGGCUUAAACUACAUAAAAUAGUGGCAGCACUCUGGGGUGGGACCAUGGGAGUAGGGGCAAUCAGGGAAAAUGCCUUACUUAGAACCAUCCCCAACUCCCCCCCCCCCCAGUUGUCCCCACCCAAAACUGUUGAUGACUGAAAAAAUAGGGAGAGUAAAUAGUAAGCAGGCCUAAAUAUCAUAUAUGCAGCCUGUUCAGACCAUGAAGUGCUCUAAAACCACUUUCAAUUCUUUAUCUAACUUGUUCGCUGUAAGCCACCCUCACACAUAAAUGAUAAAAAAAAGUUUCAAUCGGGGGGGGGGGGAGGGUGGGUGGAUAGGACAAUUGCCCACUCCUGCUAUAUAAGCUUUGCCCUCUAUUUCCCCCCUGAUUUAAAUGUCUUGGUACUGCUAAAGCACUGCGCAUAGGCAAUCACAUAGACUCCUUCCAUUUUAUAUUACUUGGAAGACAUUUGGCUGAUAGUUUGAAAGUCAUCUUUCAGACGUGUGAAGUCCUUUUUAUCUCAAACUGGCGCCUUAAUUGGGCUAAGCGCCUCUCAGCAAACUAUCAACCAUAUUUGAUUUUCUCUAUCUUGAUUACCACCUGCCAUAUCACCAAGUUGGGCAUGUUAUUUUUACUCUACGAGAAGUUGUCAGCUUUCUACCUGGUUUCCACUGCUAAUUCUCUCAUUUUGUGAAUUCUAUUUAGUGUCUCACAAUGCAAAUGUUUAGCCCACAACCAUUGUGCUCAGCACUCACACACAUUAAGGUGACUCUGGUAAAUUGUCCUAGGCACAAUCUUCAACAAAAAUCUCAUUGUAAACACCUGAAUUGACUGGACCAUUCCCAAGAUGACUAAUAAAUUCAUA